GAGGGUAGAGAAGGCGCUUCGGGUGUCCAGUAGUGACAGAUGUUUUACUCCACUGCAUUUCACAGGAUCUCUCUCAUGGCAACGAAGCCCCACCGCCUCCAACAAUCAACAGUUGCAGGGACGUCUGCGUUGCAGAGCUCAGUGAAAAGGUCGAGGACAAUUACCACCGAGUCUUCCAUGAAGGACGCUUUCGGCAAAUACGCUGAAUACCUCAACAGCCUCAAUGAAAAACGUGAAAGAGUGGUGAAAGCAAGUCGUGACAUCACCAUUAACAGCAAAAAGGUCAUAUUUCAGGUGCACAGAAUUGGCAAACACAACAAAGAAGAAGUUUUGGAGAAGGCAGAAAAGGAUUUGGCAGCUGUGACAGAUCAGUAUAUGUCUCGACUAGUGAAAGAACUGCAAGGGACUGAUUUUUGGAAGCUAAGACGAGCAUACUCACCUGGGGUACAAGAAUAUGUUGAAGCUGCAACAUUCUGUAAAUUCUGCAAAACUGGGACUCUUUUGAAUCUUGAUGAGAUGAAUGCGACUUUGUUACCACUUAGUGAUCCGUCUUUUGAGCCUUUGCAGAUUAAUGUCCUUGACUAUCUCUUGGGGCUUGCAGACUUGACUGGAGAGCUGAUGCGGUUGGCGAUUGGUCGAAUACCAGAAGGUGAACUUGACUUUGCUGAGAAGAUAUGCAGGUUUGUACGUGAUAUCUACAGGAUGCUGACUCUUCUAGUCCCAGAUAUGGAUGAUAGUUCUGAUAUGAAGACAAAGAUGGAUACAAUGCUCCAAAGCGUAAUGAAAAUAGAGAAUGCUUGCUUUAGUGCUCAUGUGAGAGGAUCAGAGUACAUUCCACUUCUUGGAUCCAGCGAUCAAAGUUCCUUCUUAUUGGGGGUGCCUGAUAUUGAGCCAUGAAAAACUGUUUGGAAUGCUUCGUGGAACCCAAGACCACAAGUGCAUCUUCCUGCUGAAAGGUUUGAAGGUUCAUUCUUCAUCUUCUUCUGGCUUAUUUUGGAAAUUUUGUUGUGAGAAGCUGCUCGUGGUUACUCAACAGGCAGAGAUUGUGAAACUCUUUGGGGGAAAGACUUCAUUUAUGGAUUCUUUUGGUGAGGGCUAGAUUUAGUGAGUUUAUAAGACUUCGGGGCGCCUUACGCUUUUAAUAAAGUCAGUUACUUACUUAUCAAAAAAAAAAAAAAAAAAUAAGGCUAUUGCCUCCCAAAGGGGUCUUGACAUGAGGCCCGAAAUAGAAUGCUAAUAUCCCCCCUCUCAGGUAAAUCGGGAGCAUAUUCAUAGUGUGUUACUAUACCAUAACAUUGGCGAAGUGCUUAUGCACUUUGGAUAAAUAGUUCCUAGUCCCAUGUGGCUUUCUCUUAUUUGAUUGAUUAUUCCCUUA